AGCUAGAUUGCAUAUGGAGCAUUCUUCCUCGAUGAAUCCUUCAACCAUCUCGACCAUCUCGAAAAAGAUGGAAUCAAUGUCAAUGACUCACCGUGUUGUUCGUAACAAGAAGAAAUUACCACAGGCUAGAUAUUCUCCUUACACUGCUAAGAUUAAGUUAACCAUUGAGAAGCAGAAAGAUGAGUCUUUGCGACUCGGAGUUGAGCUCUCACUCUUUGUGGUUGAAGCAAUGUUCCUAUUAUCUGAUGACAUACAUUCUAUGUUAGGCUUCUGUUAUCAAAUAGUAUAUGAGUGUACAGGGAACAAAGAUAAGAAGAAUCCCACCCAAGUGGUAAAAGGUCUGAUGUAUGUUAUGCUAUAUGUGUUUGAAACAUAUAUCAAACCCAAGAAUGGAGUCUAUCAGGCUGAUGGCAAAUCAACUCGAUUGGAGCUGAUCAAAUCGUCUACCGAGCAUUUUGCUUAUGGAGUCAGGAAUUUGGAGCGCAUUAUUUUGGUUCUCAAUAAUGGUGGCUUAAUGCCACAGUCUGAUUUUGAACACUUCAACAAAGAGCUGAAGAAGCUAGAAGAGAAGUUGAGGUCUUCCAAAGAUGUUUCAGAGGCGAAUGGAUUUGCGAGAGAUGCGAUAAAGUCUAACAUUCUUCAUUUGUGGGCAAGGAAGUCACCAGUACCACCCAAAAUAAUAAACGCUCCGAUUAGAAUUGCUGAGAUGUUUAGGCCUCUUUUGAACCAAGCAAGGGUGCGUAUUUGCUCUCGUCUUAUUGCUUCUUUACACAUAUGAAUCAGAGUUUCUUAGAUUCAAUGGUUUUCAUUUAUGUAUUGACUCUUGUUGCAUUUUGGUAUUUCAUUUGGCUUUUUACAUUUUAUGAAACAACAUAUACACUUUCUUGGCUGUAAUUUAUAUUCAG